AUGCUUUCCACAAAACGGGACGUUGCGCAUCCCAGAACUGUCAAUACAAGCACCUUUGCCCUCAGUGCAGGAAGCCACACUCAGUGCUUUUCUGCACAUGGGGAGAUCAAUCGCAAACCACUGUCCCAGGGUCCCAAACCAGACAAAAAGAACCCACUAGUACAAGCAAAUAGAUUAAUUGUCACUCCCGUAAGAGUAUUAACCCUUGAACACUUUCUUAAUGGGUAUGAUGAAGAUUUAAAAACAUUUUUAUGUAAGGGUUUUGGGGAAGGUUUUCAUCUUCAAUAUAAUGGGCCGAGACAGUCAAGGCGUUCAUCUAAUUUACUUUCGGUAAAAGAACAUGAAGAUAUUGUAACACUAAAACUGCAGAAAGAAAUUUCUCUUGGUAGGAUUGAAGGUCCAUUUGAGGUACCCCCUUUUGAAAAUCUUCAAUGUUCCCCUAUUGGUCUUGUCCCAAAGAAAGAAAUAAAUGAAUUUCGCCUUAUUCACCACUUAUCUUAUCCUGAAGGGGGUUCUGUGAAUGAUUUUAUCCCUGAUGAUCUAUGCUCAGUAUCUUAUACAACAAUUGAUGAUGCAAUUAAACUUAUCAAAAAAAUUGGAAAAAAUUGUUUGCUAGCGAAAACAGACAUCGCAUCAGCAUUUCGAAUUUUACCGGUUCAUCCAAACGAUCAUGAGCUAUUAGGAAUUCAGUUUAAGGGUUCUUUUUAUUAUGACAAGUGCCUUCCCAUGGGAUGUUCUAUAUCGUGCUCUAUUUUUGAGACAUUUAGCACAGCAUUACAAUGGAUUGCUUGCAGCAAAUUUGGGGUUCCCAAUAUGUUGCACAUAUUGGAUGAUUUUCUUUUUAUAGGUCCUCCUAAUUCUGCCAUUUGUCAUUCAUCAUUAAAACAAUUCUUAUCUAUGUGUGAUGUUCUUGGAAUCCCAAUCAAGUCCGAAAAAACAGAGGGACCUUCAACAACUAUGGUAUUCUUAGGGAUAGAAUUAGAUACUAUAAAAAUGGAGGCUAGACUUCCACAAGAAAAAAUACAAAAAAUUAAACUUGCACUUGAUUCAGCCAAAAAAUGCAAAAAGAUCACACUGCGGAAGCUUCAAUCUUUAAUUGGUUUAUUAAAUUUUGCAUGUUGUGUAGUCGUGCCAGGAAGAGCUUUCCUGCGACGUCUUAUAAAUCUAACAAAAGGAGUAAGUAAACCCCAUUUCAGAAUUCGUCUCAAUAAGCAGGCUAGGCUAGAUUUAGAAGCAUGGAGUGAAUUCAUAAACAAUUUUAAUGGGAAAUCUAUAUUCAUAGAUGAGGUAUUGCAAAACUCAGAUAAAUUUAACAUGUACACUGAUGCAGCUGGAAGUUUAGGAUAUGGGGCAGUUUUAGGCAAGAAAUGGUUUUAUGGUGGCUGGGAAGAGAUACAUUUGCAGGAAUAUGAUAUUACAUUUAAGGAAUUACUUCCUAUUGUCGUAGCGGUUGAAACCUGGGGGGAGAGUUUAGCUAACAGCUCUAUCCUUUUUUAUUCAGAUAACAUGGCAGUUGUUAAUAUUAUUAACAAAAUAUCAUCAAAAGAUGUUCCAGUUAUGCAUUUAGUAAGACGUUUGGUUUUAGCUUGCUUACGCUUUAAUAUUCUUUUCAAAGCAGAACAUAUACCUGGGAAACUGAAUAUCUUACCAGAUUUACUUUCGCGUUUAUAG